UAUUUUUUUUUUAUCUUUUUAAUUUAUGUGGAAGAUAGAAUUGUUGUCUGUGUUUAGUUUAUAAAAUUUGCAGGUUUCCAAUUUUUAUUUUACUUUCAGGGCUUUAACUAGACGAUUCAAUAUCCCCAUGUUGAAAAUGGACAUAAAAGACGUUCAUUGGGAAGCAAGAGGAGUCUUUGUGUCUAGUACCCAGGCCCUCAAAGAGCAAGCUUUCCCGACUCUGCUGUCAGGCCCUUUUGCAAACAUGACGUUGUCCGAAAUGAUGAAAUAUGCUUGGAUGAACAUUACUAGAGAGAAAACACUUGAAUUUCCGUCUUACCGAGAUUUUGUGUGCCACCAACUUGGUAGUGAAGGCUGCGAGUUCUACAUGGCCAGAUACGCUAUUAAAAGAAAUUACGGUGAGGAGAGCUUUUUAGGCGUAUACGAGCGGAGUGAGGCUUCCAGCAAUUCUUCGUAUGAUUACUAUCGGCCGCCUGGUGGCCUAUCAGAUAUCGUCAGUGCAUUGGAAAGAUCUGCGAAGCGUUUGGGAGUAAAGAUGUACGCUAGGGAAAAUGUCAAAGCAAUCCAUAGGAAAGGAAACAUUUUUACAGUCGAUACAGAUAAUUUUACAGUGUCGGCUAGAAAGCUCAUCAUUGCCGUGCCACGCACUCCAUUUGAAGAGAUAUCUGGGGACGUGGCUGCGGAUAUUAAAAGAAAUGUCUUCUUUGAAGCAAAUUUAGCGGAUUCUUCCUUUAAAGCUGUGGCGGUUUACAGUUAUCCUUGGUGGGAAAACAUUACUUCGCUUCACAACCUGACACUGAAGCCGCUUGAAAGAUUCUUUUCAGGAGCUUCUUGUUUAGUUUCUAUUAUGCCUUACAGUGGUAGAGGACCCAAAGGCGAAGCCGUUUUUCAGCUGUCAUACGCUUGGACUGCAUGCGCAGUCAAGUGGGGUGAACUUUCCAAGCUGCCUAAAGCAGUUCUGGAGUCGGAGCUAAAGAAAGCUAUUCAGGAAGUGUUUCCAGGAGCAGUCUUACCAGAGCCUCUGGAUAUGGUGUUUAAAUAUUGGGAGAAAGUUGCUUGGCACGCCACAAAGGCGGGUUCCAACGUGAGCCGUUAUGAUUUAAUGAAAUGGGCCAAACGUCCAUUUCCUGGUGAAGAAGUUUUUAUAGUGGGUGAAGCAUAUUCAGUGUUAACCGGAUGGAAUGAAGGAGCCCUCCAGUCAGCUUACAACGCCCUAAAGGAAGGCUGGGAAAUUACCCAACCAGAGGCUCAUUAGAUAGAACAGAGAACGUUCAACCUAUGUAAACCGUUCUUCAUGUAGGGGUACGGUAAUGAAAUGGGGACAAUAGGCCAUUUCCGAAAGGCCUUCAGAGGCAAAGGGCAACUCGAAAGUGGCCUAAUUUGAAUUCGAAAAUUAUUUCAAGCACACUUUGUAAAAAUUCUAGUGAUUUUGAUUCUUUGGGGGUCAAAUCCCAGUCGUGUAUAUUAACCGAAACUAUUCACCAUUCCUAAUCGAUUACCCUGGAGUGUUUAAUCCUCUAUCGGGUCUAUCACGUCUGGAUUGUUUGACCUAGCACCUUAAAAAUCCCCGAUCGAACCGUCAUCACGAAAAACCUCUGCUGGACUCCUUAAAGUUGUAACUUCGGUUGAUAAAAAUCAAAGGCUCUUUAAGCCAACUCGUGAAUACUGUUGACCAAGCAAUUUCCAAACUCUGAGAAUAAAGUUAUCUACCUGUGGAGAAUAUCUAUCACUAAUUGAAUGUUUAAAAUAGUUUUCGAUCUAAGUCAUCUUACGUUUAACGACUUUUCUGAAUUUACGAAACUCGAGCCAAAAAGAGCACACCAUUCUUAUAAGCUUUAUGUUAAAGGCGGGAAGUCAUGGAGAGACCCACCACUUAUUGUUGUGGAAGCAGGAAAUUUGCCUGCUUUCAAAAACAAACUCGCAGUUCACCUUGGUAUUUAGAUAAUUUUAAUCUUGCAAAUGCCUUUGUACUAUUUUUACAAACUUAUUAUUAUAUCGCUGUCGCUUCUCCGUCCGUUCAUUCGAGUUUGUAAUUUUAAGAGAGUUUUUACAUCCUGUAUAAACAUUUAUUGUAUUAGCAGCAGUUGGUUUUUAAGAAGCGAUACUUAGAAACAUGCAUUAGAACAAGAAUGGGUAAUGUUUGAGACGAACAUGUUCUAAUUGUGUACAUGUGACAAGGGUGGUCAAAAUUAUUUCCUCCAAUUGCUUUUUCAUAGGUUUGUUUAGUUUUAACAUUCUAUAUUUGAAUA